AUGCCUGGCUCUCCCUACCUCUCCCUCACCAUCUUGAUGCAUUUCCAGCACAUCCUCUCUCUCCCUGCUAUCCAUUCUGCUAUGCCUGGCUCUCCCUACCUCUCCCUCACCAUCCUGAUGCAUUUCCAGCACAUCCUCUCUCUCCCGGCUAGCCAUUCUGCUAUGCCCGCCUCUCCCAACCUCUCUCUCACCCACUCUUUCUCUCUCCCUGCUAGUCAUUCUGCCAAGCCCGCCUCUCCCGACCUCUCCCUCACCGUCAUAUCUUUUUCCAGCACACCACCUCUCUCCCUGCUCCCCAUUCCGCCAUGCCCGCCUUUCCCUGCCCCUCCCUGGCCUCCCACUCCACCUCUCCCUGCCAUUCCUUCUCUCCCCUGCACUUCCCUCUCGCGCCUUGCCCCGCAUUCUGGUUUUCCAGUCCCACUCUACCUCACCCUGCCAUUCCGUCUCUCCCCUGCACUUCCCUCUCGCGCCUUGCCCCACAUUCUGGUUUUCCAGUCCCACUCUACCUCUCCCUGCCAUUCCUUCUCUCCCAUGCGCUUCCCUCUCGCGCCUUGCCCCGCAUUCUGGUUUUCCAGUCCCACUCUACCUCUCCCUGCCAUUCCUUCUCUCCCAUGCGCUUCCCUCUCGCGCCUUGCCCCGCAUUCUGGUUUUCCAGUCCCACUCUACCUCUCCCUGCCAUUCCGUCUCUCCCCUGCGCUUCCCUCACGCGCCUUGCCCCGCAUUAUGGUUUUCCAGUACCUCUCCCUGCCAUUCCUUCUCUCCCAUGCGCUUCCCUCUCGCGCCUUGCCCCGCAUUCUGUUUUCCAGUCCCACUCUACCUCUCCCUGCCAUUCCUUCUCUCCCCUGUGCUUCCCUCACGCGCCUUGCCCCGCAUUCUGGUUUUCCAGUCCCACUCUACCUCUCCCUGCCAUUCCUUCUCUCCCCUGCACUUCUUUCAAUAAUCUGGCCCCACUCUCAAACCCUUCUUCCAACCCCCCAACAGGAUCGCCUUGGCAUCGACGACGUCGUUGCCACUCUCAUUCUCUCGUCGGAUGAGACAAUAGCUGACGGCCGAGGAAAAGCUAAGGGGCAUCCCAUCUACAUGUCAUUGGGAAACAUUCAUCAUGAGGAUCGCUGGAAGCCAUACGGGCAUGGGCUCAUUGCAACGUUACCGGAGUUUCCGGCGGAGUACACGUCGGUUGACCGACUGCAGAUCUUCCAGUAUGUCUUGCGCCUCGUUCUUCAACCAUUGAAAGAUGCUUCACACGUGUAA